GUAGCCAUUUAUGUCCUGCCUUCCCAUUAUCCAAACAUCCUUCCUUUCUCUGUCUAAAAUGGCCCAGCCAGCUUUUACCAUUGUACUAAACAAACCCCCUCAAUAUGCAAUACAUAUAUAUAUAUAUAUAUGGAAAGCUAAGACUGAUAAAGGAGAUAUGUCUUCAAUUGUCCCCCAACCACAGAGCUCUCUCUCUCUGUAUUCCCCAAAAAUUAAAAAUAUGAACUUUCUUAAUUCCCGCAUUUACCCUUCUCUGUAUCGCUAUCUUCCCAUCACUCCUUCAACUCAAAGUCUUUCCAUGUUCUUCUUCAUGGGCUUUUUCGAGUUCUCACAUUCUCCAUCCAGUUUCAGAGAAAGUUGCACCACAACUUUCUCUUUUCUCUCCCCAUCUUCCUUAUUAUUUCCUUUUUCUUUAUCUUUCAAUAAAAAUUCCGUCUUGAACGGCGUCUUGCUUUUUCUCCAAGUUUUGAUUUUUCAAUUUGAACAAGUUAAUAAAAACAAGGGCUUUUUUGGGUUCUUUGGAUUUUCUUUUUUAUUUCUCCUAAUUGGAAUGGGAUACGGUUUUCUGGGCUAUAAAUUUUAGGGCAAAAGAUCAUCUCUUUUUGCCUAUAUAUAUUCUUGAGAAAGGUUUAUUUAAAAAAAGAAAAAAGAAAAUUGGGUUUCAAUUUUAAUAAUUAAAGAUGAAAAGGGUUUCUGUGAACUCGGUUGAUGAAGGAACUAGGGCUAGAUUGAAGCAUCAAACCCUACUCCAGGAAUUCUUACAAUUGCAAAAGGAAUUUGUUUCAAAGAAGAAAAAAUUGCAGACAGUGAACCAGAGGCGAGAAACCCUUUUGGCCGAAGUUCGAUUCUUACGACAGAGGUACAGCUAUUUAUCGACAAUCAAGUCUCGACAACCUGAACUAGAGCAAGAUUCUGUUCAAUCACAAAAUCCCUACCUGCAAAGCAAAACGGUUAAGCCUAAGAAUUUCAGUAUCAAUGAAGCCGGUGAAAGAAGACCAUCUUCUCUUCCUGGUAUCAAUCCUUAUGUGGUUCACGAGGAAAAGGGUGGGAGAAAUCGAGCUGAUGUUCAGGCCCUGUUGAGAAACGAGAAGUCGAAAAAUUGCUCCAUUAAUGGCAAAAGAGUUGGGAAGAAGAAAAUAUCAGUGGCUUUGAAGGUCUGAAAUCUAAUUAAUAAUAAUCUUUUCACACACAGUUUAGCAGUAAAAAAAAACAGGUCAUUUGAUUGGCAUUGCUACAGAUUAUUACCAUCAACUGUCUUAAUAUUUCUUUUAGAAUUAAUUGUAAAUCAGGGGAAAUUUGCUCAGUUUAUAGCAUAUAUGAAUAUAGUGAUUGUUUCUCAUUUUGACAACCUUUCUAUGUGAUCUGUUAACUGUCAAAACCUUGAAUGUCACAGAAUCUCAUUGUCAAAACUCUAGUUUAUGGUGAGGAAUAUGUUUCGUAUUAAAACUCUGUAUUCUACAAUGUACAUCAAAGGAUUUUGAGAUACUCCAA